GUGAAUUCAAAACUUUUGCUUUUAGUCGCAUUCUAUAUACUCGCUCACUCACUCACUCACUCACCCACUCACUACUCGAAGAGAGGAUAGACAAAGGGAGGAAUUUUUUGGUGACAUUAUUUUGUCUAAUCGAUUCACAACAUUCUGAUAGAAAUGACCGCUUUUAUUUUUGCGUUCAUCGAUCUAGUGAUUUUUGCUCGUCUCUACAUAUAUGUGAAUGAAUGGUGGUCAGAGAAAUUCAUGAUCCUGAGAAUAUAAAUCCCCCUAUUUUUCACUAACUAACUACCUCUCCUAACCUUCUGACCGUUUCUCUUUAAAAAUAAUAAUAAUAACGGGGACAAUUUCACAUUUGUGUGUGUGUGUGCGGGUGUGUGCUCUUGUGUAGAUGCAGUUGAGGUGGGGCGUUGAGAUUGAAAAAUAAAGAAUAACCCUAACCCCAUAUGGUUUCUACCUCACUCACUCUCUGGCUAAUUGUGUCCCAUUGGAUGGACUAUUGAGAAAAGAAACCUAUUGAAGUAAGCAAACAAAAGAAGAAAGGCUGGAAGGAAGGCGAAACUUUUACAUUUUACAUCAAUUUUCAUUUCAACAUACUUCACUAUUUGUUGAAUACACAAAAAUAAAAACGAAAAAAUUCAGUUAAAAAAUUUUUUUUUACCGUUGUAUAACAAUUUUUCAAAAAAGACAUUUUCGGUAUUUGAUUCAAAUUUUCGAAGGGAAAAGUUCUCUGAAGGUUGAACAAAAUUCAAACUAAAUAUAGAAUCGUCGAAACAACAAACCAAAAGAAAAUUUUUUUUACUUCAAAUGACUGGAUAUCCUCCUUCGUCUUUUACAAAUCCCCUAGUGGAACAUCAUUCCUCAGCAUUCUCAAUCCCGUUACCAUUAAAUAAAUCACAGAAUAUCUUAAAGCCUUCUGGUGUUGUUCAACAAAAUUCAAUAGAAAUGAAUCAGUCAUCGAAGGCUUAUUCAUCAAAUGUGACGCUAGUCAAUAGUUGUCCGCCGGUAAUUCAUUCAAAUAAUACUAAUCGGAUGCAAUCAACUCCAUCGAUUGUAAAGCAAGAUGAUUAUCCUCCAUUAAAUUGGUUAAUUUAUAGUCAACUAUACAAUUUAAUGUAUUCAAAAAUGUCGGAUAGGGUUUCAUACAAUCACAACAAUAACAACAACAACAACAACGGUAGUUGUAACAGUUUUAACAAUUACGUCAACAAUAACAAUGAUGUUUUGCUGAGGAAACCACCACAAACUGUACCCUUGAUAAAUUUAUGUGAUUAUGAAAAAGAUAAAUUUAUGAAUACAUUCAAUAAUUUCUACUCCCCUGAAGUCGACAACAAGACUAAUGUCUGUCAGAAUGAAAUAAGCGACAGUAAUACUAUUAAUUAUUCUAAUAAUCUUCUUAUACAAAAGAAAAUUACAAAAUUACAUAUGAAUAAAAAACGACAAAAGAAGACUGCAUUAAAUAUGAGUACAACUACUCAAAACCGAUGUAAAAAUGUGCAUUUAUUGAAUAGGUGUAAAAGUUGCCCACCAAUUAUUCUUUCAAUUGUAUCCUGUUCAUUAGAUGUUAUUUCAAAUGAUAACAGCUGUUAUACUACUACUAACGAUAACAAUAAUAAUAAUAAUAAUUUACAAAUGAAAUUUCGAAGUUCAAGUUAUGAUUCAUUUGAAAAAAUACCUCAAAAUUUUACCAAAAUAUCAAAUUAUCUUAACAAAUCUAAUAAAUUAAAUAAUAAUAAUAGUAUUCAUCCGUAUAAUUCUUCACCUCAUAUAUUGAAAAUCCCGCGAACAUUUGUUUCAAUGAAUUCAUUAAAACAACCGACAACCUUGAAUCAUACAAAUAUUGAACAAAAAAUACAAAUCAGUAAUUCUAAGGUAUCAUUAAAGAAUAAAAAUGUUAUGAAUAGUUUUGAAUCUUUUUCGGUGCCAUCAUCAUCAUUAUCACCAUCGUUAUCAUCGACGUCGACAUCAACAUUAGCCUCAAUCACAUCGAUGCAAUUCAACGAUGAUAUAAGUUGUCCCACGAAUUUGAGUAGUAUGCAAAAUCUAGUUACACAGAAUGAUAAAACAGUAGACUCAUCAAUAACAACAACAACAACAACUCGUGAAGCAUUUUUACAGUAUUAUUUGACGUGUUAUUAUGAAGAGAUGCUGCGUUACUUUGUUCAACAUCAAAUGUCAACGGAGAAUAGUUCAAACUGUAAAAAUACUAUCAAUACUACUGGUAAUAGUAAUAGUAGUAAUUAUGCACAAACAAUGCCAUAUCCAAAUUCCUGUCUAAUAAAUACACAACAUAUUACUGAUAAACAGAAUAUUAGUAGUAGUAGUAGUAAAUUCGAUUCACAUUUCAUUGAACCAUCCAACAGACAUCAUGACAUGAUUCAUGACUUGGAUAACUCGAAAAGUUCUACAGAAAACUUUAAUAAAAAGGGAUAUAUAAUGAAACAAGACAUGUGCCACUCUCAAAAUACUGAUUAUCUAGUAAAUCGAAAUGAAAGUAAACAUAUUACUAGUUUCUCUAUGAUUGAUAGUAGUAUGAGUAACAAUUUUAUGGAUGACAGCGCCACUGGUAAAAAGAUGUUUAAUGAAUCACAAGAGUUGUAUAUUGAAAAUAAAACGGAUCUACAAAGUAACUACGCUUCAACUUAUCCAAUAAAUUCAAAAAACUGCAAAAAAUCCUCAUCAAAAUCAGCAAUGCCAUUGAAUAUACCUAUACAAUCUCAAAGAGGAUGUAUUCAACAGAAUCUAUAUGAUAUAGGUGAGGAGAAUUCUGUACAAAUAAUGAGUUCUCAAGAACCGUUCAAGAAGUCAUAUGCAUGCUUUACUACUCAUGAGGAUAUUGAUGACGAUGAUGGCGGUGGUGUUGAUACCAUCAAUGACAAUCACUGUAAUAAUACAAGUAGCUGUCAUAUCUUAACAUCAUCUAAUAGGCUGGGUCCUAUGAAUCGAUUCAAUAGUGAUGGUAGGUCAGAGCAUAAAUCUCCAGGAAGUCAUAAACGUACACGAAUACAUCGGGGUUUAAAUUCGAUUCGUAUGUCCUCUGUUGUCAACACACUCAACAGUAGUAAUAAUAAUAAUAAUCCUACCACAAAUAAUAACCACGUUUCAGGACGUUCGCCAGUUAAAAAAUCAUUAUCAACUUUUAGUAAAUCACCUGCAAAUAAUAUACCCUCAACAUCUUUAUCCCCACCAACAGUAAAAUUCCCUCGGUUAUUAUCCCCUACAUCGGGUAAUUCAAUCCCACCAAGACGUGAUACAAAACGUAAUGAUACAUGUGAAUAUUGUGGUAAAAUAUUUAAAAAUUGUAGUAAUCUAACAGUACAUCGACGUAGUCAUACAGGUGAAAAACCUUAUCAGUGUAAACUGUGUAAUUAUGCUUGUGCACAAUCGUCUAAAUUGACAAGACAUAUGAAAACUCAUGGGAAAGAUGGUAAACCAAGAUAUUUAUGUAAAUAUUGUCAUACACCGUUUAUAGUCCCGUCUACACUAGAAAAGCAUAUGCGUAAGUGUAUGCAUUCAAAGCAUUUAUUAGGAUCACAUUCAGUGAAUCGUUAUAAACAAAUGUUUAAACAGAAUCCUCCGGGAAAUGGUUACAGUCAUGGCUAGUGACAACAGCAACAUCAUCAGAAACUCCAACUACAGGAUUUCAAGGGGAAGAAAGAAGUCAGAAUAAUACUAAUAUUGUAAACUUUAAAUUGAAUAAUUCGAAGAAAUUCAAAUCACGUAUUCCAAUGAACCCAAUAACAGAAGCAUUGUUGUCAUCACCAUCAUCAUCAACAUCGUUCACAACACCAGCUUUAAUGACAAGCGAUCAUCACAGGGGGACAAGAACAAGUAUAGACUACUUCAACCUGACUAAAAAUCAAUUAAGAUAUUCAGAUAUCAACAGUUUUAUGAAUGAAAAUCUUGAUUGUACAUUUAAUUCUUCGCCUUCUCUCGCAUCAUAUAGUGGUAAAUACUUAUCAGACCAACAAAAAUUGUCAUCUUGUUAUAACCCUCAAAUGAAUUAUUUCCCCCUAAGAAAUGAUAAUAUUAUCCACGAAGACUAUUCAGUGAAGCUUUCAUCAAUCUCUGAAACUUUUAAUUGUCGUCCAUCUAUUCUCCAUAAUAAAAAUCACCAUGACGAUAUAAACUUGUUUAUACCGCCAAAUUCAGUAAAGCCAGCGUAUCAUACACAAGCGAAUAGUUUAUCAGAUUUUAGAAGAGAUUCUUCAAUGAUGAUGAUGAUGAAAUUUUCACCUAAUUUGUUUAAAUCAGCGUCACUAGGCAACAGUACAUCAACACUAACAGAUUCAAUUCGAACAAGUUCCAGUUUAUCAGAGAAUUUUAUAUCGACUGUUGAAAAGAAGCCUAUCAACAACAAUGGUACUCAUAAUAAUAGUAAUAAUAAUAUCAGACAUUUGUCCCUUUUAAUGUCUAAAAUUCUUGACAAUUCACUAGACGCAGAAAUGACAUCAAUCAAACGAAAUCCCGCAACAGCUUCUUCCUGUUCUCCGUCUUCUUAAUCCCUAAAUUAAUUAUCAAAAAGGCAUAAAUUUUGAAAAAGAAGAGUAUUUAAGAAAAUAUUUUAAUUUUGUUAGGUGACAAUACUUACAUUAUGCAUACUACUGAUAUUGGUCCCAUUUGAGUAGUAAGUAUCAAUCUCGUAUCAUUAUCAACAACAACAACAACAACACUAAAAAGAAUUCCACUGUGAUUUGUUUUUCCCCAAUGUUAAAUGAUAUCUUACCCAUCACUAUAGUAACCAUUUGUACACACAUACCCAUACAUAAAUUCAUUCUUCAUUCCUGAUGAACAUGUCUGAAAUUGACAGAGACAUUUUACAAACAGUAAUAUACUUAUUAUUAUUAUUAUUAUCAUCAUUAAUAAUAUUAUUAUUAAGUAGUAUGUGAAAAUGUUAACCAAAACAAUUUCUUUUUUGUGAAAAACCAAAAAUAAUGGCCGAUCAUAAGCAUUUUUUUUCUCAGUCUCCUUGAAUAAAGAUAGAUCUUGUAAAUCUUAUGAAGUUUCACGAAUUAUUACUUAGGUUGCCCCUUCCCCCCACCUCCUUUUAUUACAAAUAUCACUGAAAAGGUUAUUCAUGUUCCAACUUAUAUAAAUACUCAUAAUGACAAUAUUUUGACAAUAAAAACGAUUAUAUAAAGAAUAGUGCUGUAUAUUGAACUGAAUUUUUGAUUUUCCAGCUGACGAGUCCCAAAUAGG